UGAGUGUCCCAUCCGGGCGGGCGGAGUUUGACGCGGCAAAGCACCGGUGUUACAUUAAUUCUGUCACCCUUUACAUCCUGUGAUCUGAUUCAUAGUUUACAUGUCUUUCUAACCACUAUUUAAAGUGUAGCCUGCUUACAUUAUUCAGAGAAGCUCGUUAGUCACCGACAGCCAUCAAACUGUCUGUUAACGGCUCAGAUUCGGAAGUGUGAGGGGUGUUUCCAGCUGAUCUGUACCACAGAAGGCGCCGAGUCCCCCCUCAGCAGUCCGACCUACCUGCUACUCUCCUCGGCCACAGCCCACCACAGCACCCCGGUGCAGGCCGCCGCGGUGCAGGAUCUCCAUCCGGAUUACUUCACAGGAAGAACCGGGGGGAUCCCCCGGUUAGCUGCCGGUGCAGUCGGUAGCCGUUAGCUCCGGACUGUCAUGAUCCCUGCAGCGCGGAGAUGGCGUCCUUCCCCGGUUUGUGCAAGGCUGUCGGGCCAGCGGAGGAGGAGAACGGAGAGCUGGACGGUUCUCUGCAGCAGAUGCUGAAGGCCAUCGCCGACGAGAGGAACCGGCUCAACGUCCGACAAGAGGUCAGCGGAAUCGGUGAGCUGAUUGGUCCAUUAUGUAUGCACCGUGGCCCGGUGUUCCCGCAGGUGUAUACACGCUGUGUAUACACAGCGGUGGAGGUGGAGGUUUACCGGAGAGACUCCAAGAAGCUGCCGGGCCUCGGCGACCCCGACAUCGACUGGGAGGAGAGCGUCUACCUGAACCUCAUCCUGCAGAAGUUGGACUACGUGGUGACGUGUGCAGUCUGCACGCGCUCAGACGCAGGAGACAUCCACAUCCACAAGAAGAAAUGUCAGGAAGUGUUUGCGUCUCCCAGUAAACACGCCAUGGACAGCAAAGGGGAGGAGUCAAAGAUGAGCUACCCCAACAUCUUCUUCAUGAUCGACAACUUCGAGGAGGUAAGUCUCACAGCGUUGUGA